GAUUACGAGUGCAAUGUUCUAUAACAUGGGAGGUCAGGGUCCAAGUCCUUUCGCUGUUCAAAUAGGUUCGAUGGUUAUCGACCUAAAGCCGUUCGUGAUUGGUCUGCAGAGCAGCAUCAUCAUUGUCCCAGUGAAUGUGCUAAUCGUGCAGAUUUUUCGCAAUCUCCGGCCGAAAAAAGAAAAACCUGAAAAAACAACCGUUUCCGAGGAAGAGGGAAACGACGAAGAGGGAGGCGCAAUAAAAAGGAAUGAUACAGUCGAAGGAGUUCAAAUUGAAAACCAAACUUCACCAAAAGGCAAACUUCCAUAUUGUUUUAUCUACAUGGCCUACGCGAUUUGUUACCUCGCGUCUGCCGCUUCGAUAUUUUUCACAUUGCUCUACAGCAUUCAGUGGGGAGAGGAAACUUCAACAGAAUGGGUGAUUGCCAUGGUUACAUCAUUUUUCCAAUCAGUGUUGCUUCUUCAACCAAUCAAAGUCGUUGUUGUCGCCGUCGUGUUUGCAUUGUUUAUCAAGAAGGCAGAUGACAGCGAGGAGACUGGUGACGAGGGACUUGUGGUCAAUAAACCUGACGUAGAGGAAAAACAGUUGGCUGAACGAAACUUGGCAGAACUGAAACGGAAGAUGGGAGCCAUUGGCAAUCCAAUAGGGAAAGUAAAAAAAUAUUACAGUCCUCCAAGUGCGGCCAAGCUGAGGAAAGCGAGAGAAAAACGCCUGAAAGAGCUCAAGAUGAACGCUGCCUUGAAAGAGAUGUUUGCUUUCUUUGUAUUUCUGAUAUUGCUGAUGGCCGUAGCCCAAUACCACAGACAUCCAGACACGUUUUUAUUAACGAAAACUUUGUACGAGACUUUCGAAGAAGUUGAUGCCUAUGGACUUGACCUAACGACAAUCUCUGAUACAGAUUCUCUAUGGAUGUGGGCACGUGAAACGCUCGUUCCUGGACUUUACGCAAAAGAGUGGUAUAACGGUGAGGAAAUCCCGAAAGGAUGGCUGGGGAAUAUUCACGAUUAUCUCGUGGGUGUCCCGCGUGUAAGAUUACUUCGCGUGGAGAAGGAUUCGUGCCCAGUCUCCAGCUACUUCAAAGACAUAAUCCCCCAUUGCUACAGUGGAUAUGCCCUGAGCGAUGAGGAAGAUGAGUCUUAUGAGGUAAGCUGGAAACCACUAGGAAAGGGAACCUCCCGAAAACGUCGCGAUAUUGCAGGGCCUAAGACCGAGUCGGAAUGGUCGAAACUUUUGCUCAACGGGAACGAAGUGGAAUAUGGACACGUGCAGAAUAUUCGGCAUAAAAGAGCACUGGAUCCAAUCAUGGGGAGUCUGAGCGGCAAAAAACGAAGAAAGAAGAAGCGUUUGCUGGCCAGCGCUCAACCAAAGGAGUAUGUCGUGAACGACAAUGCAUUGUUACCUGAUGGUAGAGUUUUGUCGUGUCUUGAAAGAUGGAAACAUCAAUCAAUGAUAGAUCUUCGAGGUUUUCCAUACUGGGGUACAAUCACUAUGUACAGCGGUAGCGGCUACGCAGCAAACCUUGGUUAUGACACUGUCACUGCUUACACUGUGGUUGCUGACUUGCAUUCGAACGGCUGGAUUGAUGUUCAAACGCGUGCUGUGUUUGUAGAGUUCACCGUAUACAACGCGAAUGCAAACCUAUUUGGCAUCGUUUCGCUCUUUGUAGAAUUUCCACAAUCUUCGGCUGCCAUCACCAGUGCCCAGUAUCAAGCUGCGCGGUUUUAUCUUCACCUCAGUGGCGCCCAGACUCUGGCUCAUGUCCUGGUCAUCUUCUUCAUGAUGUAUUUUCUCUUCAGGGAAGGGAAACUCGUUUACAAACAGCGCUGGUCUUACUUCAAAGGCUUCUGGAAUUGGGUUGAAGUCAUCCUCAUUGUCAGUGAAUUCCUAUUGAUCGUCUUAUUCCUGGCACGUCUCUACGAAGUUGACAGAAAUCUUCUUCAGCUACGAGAGAAUCCAAAUGAUUACGUUGGUUUCCAAUAUGCUGCGAAUGCAGACGCCAUGAUGACCUACAUCCUUGGUGUCCUUGUGUUCUUCUACAUCUUACGUUUCUUGCGAUUGUUGAGGUUCAACAAAAACUUCCUGGUCAUCGGGAAAACAUUGGAGAGAAUAAGCUCGCCUAUUUUGAAUUUCUGUUUGCCGUUUAUCGCAGGAUUCCUCGCGUUUGCCCUUCUCGCCUUCGCUAUGUUCGGUUCUGAACUUGAAGAUUACAGCUCGUUCAUGAGGUCAAUGGUGGCUCAAUUUAGCAUGCUCUUGGGAGAUUUUGACUUCGAAGCCAUCUUCAUGGUCAACCCCACCGUAGCAACACUGUAUUUCUUUUCUUUCAUUGGUUUAAACGUGAUGGUGCUCAUGAACAUGUUCAUCGCCAUCAUCAACGACUCCUUCGCUGAGAUUCAAGAAGAAACUGCUGAAAUUCAAAACGAACUGGAAAUUAUCGAUUACGUUACGGCGAAUAUUUCGCAGGUCGUCAAAAAAAGAUUUAGGCGUGGUAAAGUGGUACUUGUUAAAAAGAAACAAAAAUCAUUAAAGCCGAAGAAAAGUGAAAAGGCUUCUUACAAGAAGGCGUGUUCCAUGCUGGAUUCUCGUGCAAAGAAGUUAGAUCUUUUUCUGGAAAUUAUUGACCAAAGUUUGGGCGAGGAUAAGCUGGAAGAGAAACGAUUUUUUUCCGUGCCAAAGGACAAGCAACAGGAUUUAUUCUUCCGCGUUUUGUGUUUGAUGGAAAAUAUACUGGAUGAUGAUGAUGAUGAUGAUGAUGAUGAUGAUGAUGAUGUGGAUGUGGAAGAAAGCGAAGAAUAUGAAGACAGUGAAUACGAGCGCAGAUCACAUUCCAGUGACGACGACUAG